GUUCGGGCGGAAGCUCCUCCCCGAUUUACCCGCGUGGCUGAAGAUGGCGUCUCCCAUGGCGAGUCAAGCUGGGGCCGUAAUCCGAGAUUUGCCUUUGCUGAGAGCCACCCUGCUCAGGCGCAAUCCGGGUAUUCAGUUAACUCCUAGAAGAUGGCUAAACCUGCAAGAAUACCAGAGUAAGAAAUUGAUGGCUGAUCAUGGGGUCACAGUUCAGAAAUUCUUCGUGGCUGACACUGCAAAUGAUGCUAUUGAGGCUGCUAAAAGAUUACAAGCAACAGAAAUUGUGUUGAAGGCCCAGAUCUUAGCUGGAGGAAGAGGCAAAGGUGUAUUCAGCAGCGGUUUGAAAGGAGGUGUACAUUUAACAAAAGAUCCGAAAGUGGUAGGACAGCUUGCUAAACAGAUGAUUGGAUAUAAUCUUACAACGAAGCAAACUCCAAAAGGUGGUGUUAAAGUUAAGAAGGAAGAAAUAGAUAUUUUUGAAGGAGUAAAGGAUAACCAAGCAGUACGGCUGGCAGAAAAUUUGGGAUUCAAAGGGCCUUUGCAGCAGCAGGUUGAAGCAAUUUUAGUAAAUAUAUUUGGUGGAAUUGUUAACUGUGCCAUUAUUGCCAACGGUAUCACCAAAGCUUGCCGAGAGCUUGAACUGAAAGUGCCUCUAGUGGUCCGACUUGAAGGAACAAAUGUUCACGAAGCCCAACGUAUUCUGAAUGAAAGUGGGCUUCCCAUUACUUCCGCAAGUGACCUUGAAGAUGCUGCUAAGAAAGCAGUGGCCUGCGUGACAAAGAAAUAA